AUGCCUUCGUUUGACGUAGCCGGACGUCCGUCGUGCGCCUUAGGAGUUUUUCUUUUCUGCAAUUUUCAUUCCCUCUCUCAAUGUUUCUUUCAUUUCCUUUUCCUUUUUCUUCCAGUAUUCUUUUUUUUUUCUCCUUACUACUGUCUGUCUGUCUCUCUCUUCAGUUUUCUUUUCUUUCUAUUAUUUCUCGCUCUCCUUGUGUUCUUUUAUUUUCUUCUGUCAAUUUCUUCUCUCGUUUGCUCUUUUUGUCUUGUUUUUAUUCUUUCUCUCUUUUCCAACUUCUCCUUUUCUCUGUCUUUCAUUUCCCCUCCUAUUGUUAUUCACUCUAUCCUUUUCUCUCAUUUUCUCCCCAGACUUACUUUCCAACAUGCACACUUUUUAUCUCAAUUUCGCCCUCUCUCUCUAUCUCUCUCUCUCUGUCUCUCUCUCUCUCUCUCUUAUACGCACACUAUUUGUUCAUCCUCCCUAUUUCUUCUCUAUUUUUGUUUUCUUUUUUCUGCUUCUCUCACUCUUUCUUAUUUUUUCUCUGUCUCUUUCCCCUCUAUAAUUGACGCCGUCUAUAACUGCUAUAUUUUCUCCCCGCUUUUACUCUCUCUCUCUAUCUCUCUCGCUUACUCUCACCCUUUCUUUUUAAUCCUUUACUCUGUCUUUUUUCUCCCUCUUUUCUUUUCUCUAUGUCUCUAUUCCUCUCUUAUUUUUGUCCCCUCUGUUUUUUCUCUAUUUGUCUCUGUAAUUCACUUUGCAUAA